UCAUGUUUUAUGCUGAUAUCCAUGGUGUUACUGUUCAUCUACAUCUCAUUAAAAACACAAAGCAAUCAUGUGUACACAUUCAGCAAAGUUAAUAUUGUUAAGGAAUCCAUUCCACCAUCUCCAGGUAUUAAACACCCAAGUGACUUUGUUUCUCCUUACAACUAUACAUUUACUCUUAAUGAACCAGACAAAUGCCAGCACAAGGAUGUAUUUCUUGUUCUCCUAAUCACAACAAGGGUAAAUGUAUUUGCUGCUAGGUUUGCAAUCCAAAAGACUUGGGGUAAUGAAAGCUUGCUACCUGGAGUUUCCAUUGUAAGGUUGUUCUUAGUUGGGAUUGAUAAACAUUUUCCAGACCUUCUUCAGGAGUUGUUGAAAGAGGAAAGCAUGUUGUUUCAUGAUAUUAUUCAGCAGAACUUUAUGGACUCUUACUUCAACCUGACUAUCAAAACUCUGAUGGGGCUACAGUGGGUCAACACCUUUUGUCCAAAAGCAUCUUACAUUAUAAAACUCGAUGGGGACAUUUUCUUAAAUACAGAACACUUAGUGAGGCUUUUGAAUCUUAACAUGCCAACAAAGGUAAACUAUUUCACGGGUUAUGUAAUAAGAGGAACUGCCCCAUUUCGAGAUAGUGCAAGUAAGUAUUAUGCCCCUUAUGAACUCUAUGAACCUGAUUAUUACCCUCCGUACUGUGGUGGAAGUGCAUAUGUGUUUUCUGGAGACGUGGCAAAGAAGAUAUAUGAUAUCGCUCAUGUUAUUAAACCAUUUAAUAUAGAGGAUGCUUUUAUAGGUGUGUGUCUGAAGAAACAAGGCAUAAAAAUCACAGAACGUGAAAAAACCCUCUUCUAUGGACACAACAUAGAGUAUGAGACAUGUCGCUUCUCAGAGUUAAUUAGCGUUCACUACUUCUAUCCAGAAGAACUUCUUAAAAUCUGGCCAGUCUUUUUGAAAUCAAAAGAUGCAUGCCAAUCUGCAAAGGGCAAUUAGAUGGCAUAUUUGAACCUGUGAUCUGAUAAAGUCCAAA